AUAUGGAAGAGAAAUCGUUGGCAGAGCAAGAAGGUAGCUAUUAUAAAGAAGACCAAAAGCAGAACUCAGAAGAAGUAAUAUUUUACCUAAUGAUGUACUUUGAUUCGGAUCCUUGAUGAAGCCAAUCGAAGUGCUAUGAAGUUCUGGCUGAAGAUAUUGACCCUAAUGUUUAUGGCUCAGAUGGAUUCACACCAUUACACCUUGCUAUAAAAUUUAAGCAAAUUAAUGCAAUUAAUUUCUGAAUUAAGGUUAACAAAGUUGCUCUGAAAGAGGGAAGACCAGAAGUGUUUGAUUUCAGGCUUCGGUCAAAAUAGCGGCCACACUUGAUUCCAUCUUGCUUGCAUUUAUGGUUUCGGAAAAUUUAUUGACUUAUUAAUUCAAGAUCGUUAUCUUACCUCGAAGUUGAGCUUUAAAGACCGAGACAAAGAAGGCAAGAGGCCCAGUCAAUACGUUCCCUUCAAUUCACAGUAUUUUAAAUAAAUGUAAAAGGAUCGAAAAACUUUCUAUUCUGAGAUUUCAGAAAUAAGCGUUGUGGAGUAAAAUCAAAAUUGAUCUCUCCGACUGUAAAAAUAAGUGAUGACAACUCUGAGUGUGAGCUAGAAGAAAAUAUUUUUGGGGGCUCAGAAGACAGCCUUCCACAAAUCGCAGCUGAGAGGGUGCUAAAUAGCAUGAAUAUCUCAGGAACUGGAUGGAGACAAGGCCAUAAGCCAAAGAUAGAAUCUCUGACAUGUAUUUCUUUACCCCAAACAGUCAAUCAGACUGACAUUCCUUGUUUUGAUUACUUGAUCCAGAAUUAAAAAACACAAUUUCAAGCAAUGUAAUGAUUUUGAAGAGAACUAUGAUUCAGAAUUUGUUAACUGUAAAGUAUUCAUUCAAGAAUUUCGGAAGAACAAGCCUAUGAGGGAAGAAAUCCUUGCUGACAAUAUCAGCAGAGCAACAUUGACUUCAGGUGCUCUUAAGAUCAGCAUAGAUAAAUCUCCUCAAAUGUUCUCUCUAAAUAAAGUUAUUGACACUCCUUCAAGAGAGGACUGAGCCCCUGAUACCAGAAUUGAGGAAGGUCUGAACUUUGGCCUGGUCCUGAAUGACAUCCAGAACCAAGAGAAUAUUAGCCAGGAAAGUACAAUUGAAGAGCAAUUUUGAAAUCCUUCUUUUUCAACUGGACUAAUCCGCAGAAUGUCUGCUAAGAAAUCCUCUCUGAAUAUCUCCUGAGCAGGGAUUGAUUAUGCAGAUUUUGCCUCUAAACACCAGACAGCUAGAAAUCUGAGACCGAAAAUUUUUAAUUUUAAGAAAAUUAAAAGGAAUUUCAGGGUAAAAAGGACUGAGCAGCCAAAAAGAGAUGUGACUUAUGAACAAUUUGAGAAAGAAAUGGACACUCUUGAUGAGAAUGAGGCCAUAGCUGAGAUGCAGCCUUGAGUGCAAAAGUAUAUCAGCAACAACAGCAGGAGUUCAGCUAAUCUCGCCUCAAAAGUUAUGAGAUUUGACACUGAUAAGAAUACAGUUGAUCUAAGGAGCCAAGCCCGGUAUAACAUGUUCUUAAAAGGCCAGGAUAUUGGUAGCAAAUGGAUUCAAAGAUCGUUUACGAACGGAAAUAAUAUCAGGAACUUACUUUCCUCUGGGACAAAAGACUAUCGGUAUCAAUCCCUGGUGCAGCAAAGAGGUGUGGCCAAACCUCUUUAUGUGAAAUACAGACAAUUCUUUGAGUCUAUUGACUCUCUGAACCAAAUUUUAACUCAUAUUGACUUGAGCAUUAUGGAGACAAAGGGAAACUUAAAUAUUUCAAUAGUUGAUAUGGUCAGUCUUUUGCGAAGAAGACAAGAUUUGCCUAAACUCCCAAAAACUGUGGUUGAAUACAUUAAGACACAGAUUAAAUUCAGAAGGUAUCGCCUAGAUAGGAAUACUUCAGGGUAUGCUUUCCGGCCAACAAACUUGAUUUUUGAAUACCUAAUGAGAGAACUUAAGUUAUCAGCAGUAGAGUGAACUCUUAGGACUCCAUCAAGUUUCAAGAUGUCAAGCUCAGCAAACCUAAUCGGACCGAAGUCAAUCUCCUUUGGUUGUCAUAAAGUUGACCCUCGUUUAUAAUUUUCAACAAAG